ACAGCAGCAAAAUGGCUUUCAGUGUGUGACAGCCACUUGCAAACACACAGUUCUCUGUUAAAAAAUUUGUUUUUAUUAUUUUAAAUCCAACGACCUUGCUGAAAUAUAUAUCAAAAUAAUAUAUUUUCUGUUGCGUUGUGUGGUUAUUUUAUUAUUAAAUAUUAUAAAAUACCUUGACAUAUAUUAUUUAAGUGACAUUAUUAUUUAUCUAAUAUUAUUGAUGACUAUUAUUCAAUAAUUUAUCAUUCAAUCAUGGAAUAUAUAUAUUGGUUUUAACAAGUGUUUGUUAAUGAAAAAAAUUUCAGGAUUAUUUUGUUGAAUUUGUCUAGGAAUUGGGAUUAUUAGUGGAUAAUUACACGGUCUUGUGGCGCAACGGAUAACGCGUCUGACUACGGAUCAGAAGAUUCCAGGUUCGAAUCCUGGCAAGAUCGACCAUAUAUUUUUGAAAUUUUUGCCAAUUUUAUAAUCUAUAACUUGGCAAAAAAAACGAAACGAAGAAAUAGACACAAAAAACAGAAAUAGUCAACAAAAGUAUUUGAACAAUCGAAAAAGCAGUAUUUAAAUACAUAUUGGAGAACAAACUGGAAGAAAACUUAAUCCCAGACAUGAAAAAGUUAUACAAAAAGCUAAAAGUUUUUAACUAUCCUAUAAGAGAAAUCACUGAUUUUGAUAAAACACUUUUAUAUUCAAGAAGCUGUUCUGACUCAAAAAAACCCAUCUCCCGUGUAGAUGGAAAAUAAUUGACAAAAGCGUAGAUAAUAAAAUCUCGGAUGAAACGAUGACGCUACACUGGUGGAUGCACUGGUUCUGGGUGACUGCAAACAUUGCAUUAAUCAUUGCAAUGCCAUCAACCACACAAGAACCACAUGUUAAUCGAGAUAAAAAUUUAAUGGAAAAACCAAUGUUUAUUAGAAUAACAACAAAAUCACCAGAUAUAAAAAUAAGCAUUAGUCAAAGUACGAUAACCACAAUGCCUUUAUUUAAAAAUAAUCGUAAUGCCAAGGCAAUUAAUCCAUAUGAACCGUCCAAAAUAAUAAAUAGAGAAUAUUUGGCUGGUCCAGAUAUAAUUAAAGACACUAUACCAAAUUCUUCCAAACCAUAUAAAUAUCGUCCAACAACAACAACAAGUACCUAUCAAUAUUUACCAACAAAAACAGUUGAAAUAUAUAAUAAUCCAUCAAAAAUACGUACAAUAAAACAAUCAAAUAUUGUUAAUAUACAAAGAGACAUUGAAAAUAUUGAAGAAAUACAAAAUGACAGUCCUGAUUAUUCAAAUAAAAAAGAUCAAGAUGAACAAGAUGAAGAAGAAAUAAUACAAACACGUCAAGACACUAGAAUAUUAUGGAUAAUACCAACAACAACAACAACAAAAACAACAACAUCAAAUUAUCCAACAAGACGUAGAAGUUAUGAUGUUGAAAAAAAUAAUAAAAAAAUAACAAUUAAUAAUAAUGAUGGUGAUGAUGGUGGUGAUGAUUUAAGUGUAUUACCAAUAAGACUUGAAGAAACAGAAUUAAAAGUUGUUGUUAAUACAAGUCGAAUGAUAAAUGGUGACAGUGAUACAUUGUCAUUUAGUAGUCAAACAGUUAAUAGAUCAGAAGAUAUUGAAAUUGAAUCACCAAAAAUAUUAUCACAAACAUCAUCAUCACCAGUUUUACAAGCAAGUAUUGAAGAAUAUACAAGAGAGAGAUUAAAUAGAGCAAGACUUAGUAGUGAAUUUAAAAAUAUUAGAAAUGAAGGAAGAUCAUUUAUCGGUGAAAGUUUGGAUAGAAUUGAUGACAUUGAUGAUACUGUUAGGGGUGAAAGUGAAUUAAUUGGUAAUUAUCAAAACAACAAUAAUAAUAAACAAUUUACGACACUUGAUAUUGCUGCUAUUGGUGGAAGUUUUUUAGCUAUGGCUGUUUUAAUAAGCAGUAUGGCUAGUUUUGGUUUUCUUAUGUACAGGAAAAAAUAUUUAAAUCCACCACAAACAUUAAACAGUGACAAAUGCAGUAAUCCUGAUAGUUCUGGUUACAUUGAUGAUUCAACAAUUCGCGAUAAUUCAGAAGAAAUGUACAGUCUUGAUAAUGAUUCAUUUCUCAACUCUUUGGAAGCAAUGACAAUACAAAAUUACUGGACGGAUAGUGUUAAACACACAAAACUAUAGUAAAGAAAAAAUAAAUUGAUGCAGAAAAAAGAAAACAAUAAUCAUCAGGAUAAAUUAAUAAUAUCUAUUUUCUUACUUCUCGACUAAAUAGAAAAUAUAAUAUAGUAAAAAAUUAGAAAUUCAUGAAAAUUUUUGGCAUUAGAAAAAGUCAAGUAUCAAGUAUUAGAUGAGAUUUCAUUAAAAUCGCAUGACAAGUCGAGGAAUUAUAUGAAUUUUCAUAUAUGUUUUUUAAAAAAUAAAUAUAUAAUUUCGUAUAUUUUAGUAUUAGCCGAAUAGUGCAAUAAUUCGUGUACUUAAUUAAGUAAUUUGUACAAAAAUAAGACUAAAUUGUGGAAAACAUAAAUGCAUGUAUCAAAAAGUAAAAAAAAAAAUCAAUGGAGAAGCAGGAAAAACAAAAAAAUACUAUAAUUAUUUAGUAGAUGAAUUUUUAAAUUUUAUUUUGUUAUAGAUUUUUUUUUAUUUUGUUAUUAGAUUUGGUCCAAAUUAAUUUUUUGCAUUUAAAUAAUAAAACAUACUAAUAUUGUUUAUAUAUGUACCAUGACACUCAGUGUUAUAAAUUUUUUAAUCCAAUAAUUUAUAAGUUGUUGUUUUUUUUUUUUUAAAUGAAAUAGUUUAAUCAAUGAAAAAUUGGACCAAGACAUAGAAAUAGUUUAAAUAAUAAUUAUAGUCAACAUUGCCUUUGAAACAUAUCCGUUAAUAAUAACAACUAAUUGUUUAUAUUUUAAUUUAAAAAUUUAAUUUGUUUAAUAAAUUAACUAAUAGAAUAAAAAUUAAAAUAAAAAAAAUAUAUUAUUUUAACAUAAAUGUAUUUUGAAAAUAUUUAAAUAAUAAUUUUUUAAUUACCUGCUUUUCAAUUCCACUAUAUUAAAUAAUAAAAUAAUUAUAUAUAUUUAUGUAUUCGUAUUAUAUAGAAUAAAAAAAAAAAAUAAUAAUCAAACAUAAUAUGGAAAUUAAUUAAAUGUUUAUUAAUGUAAAUGUGUAGCUUUUGUAGUUGAUGUUUAUUUUUUUUUAUUUCGAAAUUUGGUGUAAUGAUGAUUGGCUUAAUUAUUAUUAAUUUUUCGAAUAAAUUAAUUAAUUAAAUUAUUGUGGUAUUUAAUAUUUAUUAUUCAUUAUCAAAGUGCUAUUUUAUUUCAUUUUUUUUAUAACAAACAAUGACAAAAAAAUUAAAAUAAUGUUUUUUUUUGUUUCAUUUUAUAAUAAAUGAGAAAUUAUUUUUUAAUUUUUUUUUUUUUAAAUUAAUGUUUUUCAAAUUGUAUUUAGCCGCUACUAAAUGUCGGACAUUUUUAUUUCUAAUGUUCUAAUGUUCUAAUGUUUCAAUAUUUAAAAAAAAAAAAAAAAAAACGAGUGGGGUAUACAUACAAGUACACAAGCGGCGUAUGUCCCAGCCCCGAAAUGAUCACAUGCACAGGUUUUUUUAUAUUUUUUUCUUGACGAUUCAUUGGUUUUGGAAAUUGAUUUAAGCUCAGCCCAUUGUUGGCUGUUAUCAGU